UUUAAAUCGAGUUUCAUGAUAUAAGGUUCUAUUUGUGAGGGUGAAUUUGAAUGUCAAAUCGGUUUAAAAAAAAAGAGGUUGCAUAACAUACGCACCAACGCACAAACAAAAUAACGUCGGUACUUUUUUUUAAUUCGGCCAGUGCUCCCAAAUUGUUCGGACGCUGCGCGCGUUGGCUGUCCGAUACUCCGCGCCAAAUCUCGUUACAUAAUUUUAUAAAAAUCGGCUUUUCAAAUAUUAUAGCUCGUGUUCAGUGAUUGUGUUUUGUUGUUAUUUUAAUUUUAUUUUGACAUUUUAUUUUUGGAUUUGAAUGCGAGUACCAGGAUACUAGAAAACUGCAGAGAUGGAUAAGCCGACGAUGCAUAUGUUGGAUGUCCAGGAGAAGGGGGGACAGACAAGAAAAACGAAUCAGUAUAUCGCUGCGGUUGCGGCGGCCAUCGGCGCAGUAGCGGGCGGCACAAUCCUAGCAUGGACCUCCCCAGCGUUACCUCAGUUGGAGCCUUUCAAAAACGUCACAAUAGUCAACGGCACAGCAGCCAAUGGUACUGCACUCAACACAACAGCCUUGCCAGGGAACUACAGCGGGUAUAUCAACUCGCUGGGCCAACCUGCUGAUUUUUUGCUGGAUACUAAAGACAGUUCCCUAGUCUCUUCAAUCCUCGCUAUCGGCGCGGCCAUCAGCGCUUUGCCCGUGGGUAUGCUCGCCAACAAGGUGGGCAGAAGACCGACAGUCCUCAUGCUGUCUGUGCCGUUCCUACUCAACUGGCUGCUGACUAUCUUCGCGAACGGAGCUGGCAUGCUGAUCGCUGCGAGGUUCUUCGCUGGACUGGCUACUGGUGGUGCCUGCGUAGCGGCUCCCAUGUACAUAGGCGAGAUAGCGGAGACCUCCAUCCGAGGGUCUUUGGGCGCCUUCUUCCAACUGUUCCUGACUGUGGGCAUCCUGUUCACGUUCGUGGUGGGCGGCUGGACGCAUUGGCGGACUCUGUCCAUCAUAUCUGCUGUGUUCCCUGUGUUCUUGGUGGCUGUGUUCUGGUGGAUGCCCGAAACUCCUCAAUACUUGCUCGGCAAGAACCGUCGCCGUGACGCGGAGAAGUCUCUGCGCUGGUUGAGAGGACCUGAUGCUGAUCUCACUGCUGAACUUGAAGAUAUGCAGAAAGAUGUGGACGAGGCAGCUCGUCAACGCGCCGGCAUGCUGAGCAUGUUGACCAACCGCGCGUCCCGCAUGGCGCUGAUCUGCGGCCUCGGCCUCAUGUUCUUCCAGCAGUUCAGCGGCAUCAACGCCGUCAUCUUCUACACCAACAACAUCUUCCAAUCCGCUGGCUCCAACAUCCCUCCCGUCAUUGCCACCAUCAUUGUAGGAGUCGUGCAAACCAUUGCUACCUAUCUCUCUUCCGUCUUCGUUGAUAAGGCUGGUAGAAGAAUUCUUCUUCUUCAGAGCACGACCAUUAUGGGAAUUUGCCUAAUCAUCUUAGGCAUCUAUUUCAAGUUACAAAAAGACGCCUACAAUGUAUCUGCAGUCGGUUGGAUUCCUUUAGUUUGCUUAAUCCUUUUCAUCAUCUCCUUCUCCAUGGGUUUCGGUCCUAUACCCUGGAUGAUGAUGGCCGAGCUGUUCCCAGUAGAAUUCAGAGGAGCGGCUACCGGAGUCACAGUCAUCGUUAACUGGAUGUUAGUAUUUGUGGUUACCCUCUGUUUCCCUAUCAUGAAGGAUGCCAUAGGUAUUUACAGUUGUUUCUGGUUCUUCGCUGUUUUCAUGGUCAUUGGUACUGUAUUUGUGUUCUUCUUGAUUCCGGAGACUAAGGGUAAGACUGUCUCGCAGAUUCAGGCUAUUUUGGCGGGGAAGAAGGCGUAAGUUGGGGGGAAAUGGGGGCUUAAUUUCCUCAUAAAAAUGUUGAUUUUUCAAUAGACCACCGUUGUAAUCUGAAUUGAGUAAUAUAGGUGGAAGUUCUUCAAAUUAAAGAGAUACGCUAUAUCUUAGUAUUUCUAUGUCAUUGUGGCUAAAAAUACACUUGAUUAUGUCAGAAUUAUGUUUUUCCAAAAUUGUAUGAAGGUAGGCCCCCUAAAUUAAUGUUGUGAUACUAUUUGAAUUUAGGCAAUUUUUAUAAAAAAAUUGUAGGAAAUUGAUGAGUACUGCCGAGUUCAAUGUAAUAAAUUAUAUAACAAUGGAAAGAAUGAGAUAUAUUUAUAAGUUAGUUAUAAUAACAUGACAACAAAUUAGAACAAAAUUCACAAAUAAUUUUUUUUUCGUUAAUCAACUUUUAUAAUUAUUUUUGUGCUUUAUAUCAAUCGUUUUUUUGUUGUAAAUAUAAAUAACUCUUUAUAUAUCAUGGUUAAUUUUAUAAUUUUAGUUCCACCGAAGUUAAUUUUGCAAUAUUUAAUAGGACACAACAAGUAAUUUGUGAUGAAUAUAUUUUUGAAAAAAAAAAUUGAUUACCAUUAAUAUUUAAAAUUAAUUAGCUUAUAAUAAGAAUUUAUGUGAAUGUAGAUAUUUUUUAUAAAUUAAAUAAUAAUAAUGUUUAGCCAAAUAAUAAUUUUAGACUCUUAGCUGGCCUAAUAGUCUAUACUUUCUUAGACUUUUCAUGUAUUUUAAUACUUUUUCUCAUUGAAUAUAUUUAUAAUUUCCAGAUUUAAGUGCCAAAUAAAAUUGAACCGUAAGACGUGAGAAAAAGUUUCAAAAUACAAAAUCUGCUUUAGUAAGUAAUUUAAUAAUAUUUAAUUAAUUAUAUUAUAUAGGUAAGUUUGUAUGAGUGUAUGAGUCCAAUAUAUUGUGAUAAUACUCAUACGUUGGGAGACUGUGUUCAAUAAAAAAAAGCUAAAAGCGAUCAAAUAAUAAUUAUAAUAAAUACGUAAUUUAGGCAUUUUUGUGUUAAGAAAUUGCUAUUUAAUUUUAAAAUGCCUUUUUGAAACGAAUAACGUAAAUAAUACCUAAUUUAUUGACUAGAUUUUUUUGUUAAUACACUCGAUUAAUUUAUGAGAUAGGUUUAUAAAAUGCAAUGUUUCCCAAAAAUACAAAAUAAAAUGAACAAAUUAUAAAAUUGAAUUGAAUUUAGAGCAUUUAAACUGAAGACAUAAAUAAUAAUAAAAAAUAAGACCUUUAAUGAAAGUGCCUGGAAAUAAUCUAUUAGCAAAAGAAAAUAAAGUCUUCAGUGAAAAUGAUCUAGAAAUAUUGUUCGGUACUUAAAAUUAAGACGAAAAUGUGCCAAAAGUAUACAAUUGUCUGUUUUUAAGUAUUUUUAUACAGUGAUCGUUGUUAAUGUUAUGUUAAUACUAAAUAUUAAUUAGGUUAAUAAAUAAUAAGAUGUUA